GAGAGGGUUUGGGGUUGGAGAGGGGGGGGGGUGGUAAAUUAACGUUGCCACCUGGAAUCAGGGAGUGGUGUGAAGGAGCUGGAAAUCCUUGGGGGAAUUAGUUAUUUCUUGGCUGUCGAGAAAGAGAAAGAGGGAGAGGGACAGAGAGAGGGGAUCGAAAGUGUUUCCUUUAUAUACAGUGUAUAGAGAAAAGCAGAGCCUGGGGAAGACAUGGAAAGAUUGCUGUGGUUACUGGUAGCAAUGCUGAAUUUUGGUCUAAGCUCUGGUCGUAUAGUGAAAGUGCCGUCAGGCCCUCUGUACCGUGUGCUAGGCAGCUCUGUCGACAUCCCGUGCAGUGUCAGUGAGUACCAGGGCCCGGCUGAACAGAAUUUUGAUUGGACGGUGCUCCGCGGGGACCGGUCUGUUAAGAUUGACAGCACGUGGGAACCGAAUUUCUUCGACCCCGAAUAUAAAGAGAAAGUGACGAGAAGAGAGAUCACAGUGCAGAGGCUCAGCAACAACUCCACCCAGCUUCAUUUCACCAGUGUUACAUUUCAAGAUGAAGGACAAUACACUUGUGAGACACCCAGUACUGAUGAGAAUAGUGCCGGGAACUACGACGCUCAGGUAUAUCUGAAAGUGAUUCCCGAUGGACUAACAGUGACACUCGGAAAAUCCCGAAGUAUAAAAUCUAGGAAUUACACGGAAGGGGAGUCACUGGAACUCCAAUGUAUCGCAACCACAACCUCAACUAUUCACACGCAUGUGGCCAUCACGUGGAGGUUAAAGUCAGAAGAGAGUGGGACCAUGAUGGAUAUUCUGUCGCUUACCGCAAAGGGAAAAUUAAAGUCCGGUGACCAGUACAAAGACCGGUAUGAAAGUGGUGACGUGAGGAUGAGCAUUGAAGAAAGCGGUGUCUACAAAUUGCUUAUUGACCGUUUGCGUCCCGAGGAUCAGGGCACCUACCUGUGCGUAGCAGAGGAAUGGGUUAUGGAAGAUGUUGCCACCUGGAAAAAUAUCCUCGAGAAAAACACAGACAUUGCAUCGAUUAAAGUACGAUCAUUGGCUGAGGCUCUGGCAGUCUCCACAUUCAGUGGCAACCUGACUCUAAACAAAGAAAGUAACCUUAAUCUCAGCUGCCUUGUGACAGGAGUUGAGGAUCUGGCUGUGGUCGAGGUGGGCUGGUAUUUCAGCUCUUCUCUGCCAACCAAUGCUCAGAGCCAAUCAAGCCUGGUGUACAUGGACCGAACGGCAGUAGUGAACAAUUCGAAUUCCGUCACACUGAGCAAGAUUAGCAGCAACGAGUACAGACUGAGAGUGCAGCAGGUUGACGAAACGGACAGUGGCUACUACUACUGCACAGCAUCCGUCUGGAUCCGGGGGUCGAGCGGAACGUGGAAAAAAGCAGCAGAAAAGACAUCUAAUUCUGUCCCUGUCAGAGUUAGUUUCUUAGAUUCUUCGUAUUCUGUGAAAAUGAAUUUGAUAAAGGGAGCUCAUUCCUUUGGGGAUUCAGCGGUGAUGGAAUGUCAAGUGGUGGAUGUGCAGAACCUAGGGAGCUCGGGGAUGGAGAGUCCCAGACUCACCGUGUCCUGGUAUUUCAAACCUGAGAAGAAUGGCAGUGACUGGGUGAAUAUACCCUUAGCAUCGAUGAAUGAAGAGCUGAUACUAACAGUGGACAAUGAGUAUAAGGAGCGAGCAGAAAAGGGAGAACUAAUUUUCACCAAAUCUCAGCUCAAUACUUUCAGGUUUCAGAUUCAGCAGGCUCUCAUCUCUGAUAAAGGCGAAUAUUUUUGCAAAGUCUCUGCCUGGGUUAAGCAUCGGGAUGACUCGAGGAUGAAAUCCAAGACAGUCGCUUCAGACCCUGUCAUCAUGUCCUGGCAAACACAAGUUCCAAGCUUGAAUAUUAAAGCAACAGGGGAGAAGCCAGUGUCUACAAGAGGCAAUACGUUUGAGAUGACCUGUAGCGUUUCCUCCAAGCACGUGACUGUGUCCCGUUACUCAGUGGUGAUCGCAAUGAAAGAACCAACCUCUCCCGAUGCAAAUGACAUUAAAACACUAAUUUCCUUGAGCCGGGACUCUGUGGUCCAACUGGAGACCUGGGACACCAAGGACCGAUCGGAGGAUGUCAUUCUGGAGAAGGUCAGCGACAACGAAUUUCGUUUCCGGCUGUUCAGGACCCAGUUUGCUGACGAAGGAAUGUAUUAUUGCAUGGUUCAGGCAUGGAUACCAGACACGAAUGGCGGGUGGCUCAAGUCUGCUGCAAACUCAUCAAAUACAGUAUCUAUUGCCUUUAAAACAGCAGCUCCCUGGUUUAAUGUGACAUUAGAAUCUGAUAAACACCAUGUGUUGCAAGGAGAGACUGUGCAGAUUAACUGUGUCAUUGACUUGUUGGAGAUAUCCAAGAACACAGAUGUCUUUUACGAGGUUGAAUGGUUGGCUUCUGAACAGCUGUACUUGAAUACAAGCCUCCUGGUGUCCAUAGAUCAGAAGUCGGUGGUGACACACGCUAAGGGCAACAUGACCACAAGCAUCAGUGCCGAGAGGAUCAGUGAACACGAAUUCUGCUUGCGGAUACAUUGUGCUGAGAAGAGAGACGCAAAGUUUUAUUACUGUGCGGUGACACCAUGGAUUAAAUCAGAGAUUGGAGAUUGGCAGAAAAUGAGUCAGCAAACAUCGGAUCCACUUGCAGUGCGAGUUAAUAUUUCAGUGCUGGAUUCUUUUAAGAUGCCUUUGAUAUACGGGAUCACCAGUACCUUGAUUGUGGGAAUCCUCGCCUGUGCGAUCGGAUGGUGCACUUCGCAGUGUUGCUGCAGGGAGGAGAAGCGCGGAACGAGACGCGAGAAUCGCAAAUUAAUACAAAUGGAAAUGGACUAAGAAACUCUUGCACUGGAGGUGAGAGGGACCAUCGGGUGAACAACAGCAAUUGGACUCUGCAGCUUUGAGAAGAAAAAAAGCAGAUGUCAGUCAGUGAUAAUCUUUUUAGAAUUGUUACAUGUGCAAUGAUUGUAUUUUUUUAAGGAAGCCAUUCCCACCCAAUUUUUUAUCAAUGAACAAUAACUCUUUAUCAAUGACUUAAUGUGGUUUUAUGACGAUUUUUUUUUCCUUUGUCGUCUGUUAGGGUGAAUGGGAUCCAUGAUACUGCGGAACUCCUUCUAGUCCCACCAAUGAUUCUGAAUAUUUACUAUCAACAUCUCUAGAAAAAAACAACCUGGGUACUCCCCUAGUCGCUGUCGGUCACCAAUAUCAUGGUUCCAAAUUAUCUGGUGGGGAGAGUGAAUGGGAGAAGUAGCUGCAUAUCGUAACUUGGGGAUUUGGGCUGUGACUACAUGCCAGCAAGACAAAAAAAACUUUAAAUCAAGAAUCUGAUCAGAAUGAAACUCUUGGGUGAUUCACAGUUGUGUGCUGUGUUGCAGAGUAAGACACAUGCAUUCUGUCAAAAUUUCUCAGAAUUUCUUGCGUGAAAACGUUCAAAGCCACGGAAUAAAACAGAACAUCCAGAAAGCACUAUUACGCGUUGCUGUCAGACAAUCUUUCAUUGAGAAGCACAAAGGGCAAGCGACGAGCAAGAUUUAAUCUACCUAGCUUUAAAUGAUGUCUUUUUGUUUAGGCUUGGAGGUGGUGUGUGUAAGGGUGGGGGGCGGAGAGUUGCUGGUUCCAUUUCACACAAUCUUCCCAGGGACUAUAGGAGAGUAAUAGAUUGCACAGUUUUCAUUGCUUCCUUUAAGAACACAUGAUUUGAAAAUGUAUUAUCAAGGGACAUCGUACUGAGAGAGGCUGCACCAGUGCUGCGCGCUUCAUAAAGUGAGCCCAGUGUGAAAUUCACAGCUUUAGCUUGAACUAUAUAUCUACACAUAAAUAUAUCUGUAAUCGUAAUGUGGAAUAAAAGCACAGAACGGAAUUAGAUGCAGUAUCAAAUCCAAACUAAAGAAAAGUAUAGCUGAAUGAAUCAUUGACUCACUCGUCCUGGUCUAGUAUCAGUAUAGGUAUCAUGUGCCUGUAGUGGAGCUGAUAUGGGAACAGUGCAGCCAUCUAUCUGUGCAGAUUCAUUGAAAGAGCAACUGCAGUCCUGGCCAAGCUAUUUGAACUAAGACGAUGUGCACUUUGCCCUUUAUUUUUUAAUCCCAGUGUUGUUCAUAUUGGAGAGAGGGUAUUGCACCUGUUUUUCCCCCUGUUUUUCCCCCUGUUUGGCAAUCCUAAUGGCCGAUUGGGAAUAGAAUCCCCCAGUUCACUGGUUGGGUUAUGCCAGCCUCCCAGAAACAGGAGAAAUCCAUGCUCAACAAGAUGCAAACAAAUACACUAUAAAUUUGUUGAUCCCUGAUGUCUCUCUCUGUCUACUGUGUACAGUAAAUUCUAAAGAGUGUAACGGUUUCUAUCUGUACUGCAAUAGGAAUGAUAUAAAUAUACUGCGUGGAGGCUCUCUGAUGAUUUUGUCAGGGCCAAGGCAGUAAAUACUCAACAACUUGGACAGGAAGGUUGACUCCCUGGUCUGUGCUGCCUCAAGCUUAUAGUUGGGCAUCAGGUUAGGGCAUAAUCAAUAGGAAAAGUCACAAUGUUUCCCCUGAAUUGCUGUCCAAUGGCCCUGAUGGAAGUCCUCCCCUGAGGCCUGAAAUUCCAUCUGGUGUUACCCUGUAGGACCAUUUUUCCUUAUUGUUUUAGAAUUGCGGAAAAUUGUUAACUUUCAGGAUCCAUUUGGAAACUGGUUCUUUUUAAUAACUGGAAAACUGGUUUCCAAAGUAAGGCUGAAUUUAAGAGUUUCCCGCAGUCCUGUGCAUUCUUAAAUUUUAGGGCAAAAUAGUCUUACAAGCUAAAACUAGGUAGAAUUUGGUGCCACUGGUGGGCUCAGAUGGGAUGGAGCUAUUGACUCACUUUAGACAGGUCACUGCCCACUCAUGACAUGCCUCUAGUGGAAAUUAAUGACAAAAAUCCAAUGACGCCCUUUUGAACCUGAAGUACACUUUAUUACUAGAAAGGAGCAUGUUCCUUUUUGAUUGUGUUAAAAGCAAUGACAUUUACAAAAUGGCACUAAUGCAUGAAUUGAAGAACAACUGAGGUCACCGCUUGGAUCUGGUACUACUUUUGAUCACACUGUUAAUUAAUCUGCUCGCCCCACCCUCCAAGUCUUCACCAAAUGAUUUACAACUGUAACCUCACAGGCACAGGGAAAUGUUAACAUAAAAAUUAUAGGGACAGAGAGUUCCAAGAUAGGUUUGGAAAUCACAAUGGCACUUCAUUACAUUUCUUUAAAUUGCAUUUGCAAUGUAUCCUAUUACUGUUUCUCAAUGAAUGUUUGGUCCCUUGAGUCUGGGAUAAACAGGCUAUUGCUUUUAAUGAGAACCAGGGUUAUCCUCAGAAUAUUGCACAGUCUGCAGUUUGCUGCACCAGCAUUCAUUCAGAUCAAGGCUAUUCUCCACAUCAAGGCUAUCAGCCUCAAAUAUGAACACGUCUGGUAAUGACAUCAAAAAUCCAUUGGUCAGGAUUAUCUCUGAACUAAAUAGAGAGAAUUGGAUGGGAUUUGAUGUGUUAAAAGCUGACUAUUGCAUCUUAUUUCUUGCCUUAAGACAGCCACUGCAUGGUUACUCAUAAGCUGCCCUGGAAAAAGUAUCAAUUGAAAUGACUUGCUCACGUUAAUCAUAUGAAAAGUUUUAAGACAAAUUCUUCAGGAAACAGAAGAGAGCAACAAACGUAAAUUGUGGAAAGAGGAGAGGCAUUGCGUAUGUUAUGGGUUACAUAGUCAACUAUUCAGAAUAUAGGACACACCAACCAGCCAGCAUGAAUACAUCAAUCAAGGAAAGCCCUAGUAAUGGACGAUAAUGUAACUUGAAUAAAGUCGAGAUGGGGCUGCUUGGAGCUGAGGUACAAGACAUGAUACAGUUAUGAUGCCACUUUCAAGUAUGUUUGAGGAAGUGUUUAACUAGAAAAUCCUGAAAGUGCUCAUUUGUCAUUUCAUUACUUCUUUGAGGGAGGGAGCAGGCAGUACAAGACGUUUCUCAGAAACUGCUGCCAGCAGUUGUUAGAACCUGGUGUUUAUUCUAAUGGGGUAUCAGCAUUAAACCUACAGGAUCGAACUGUCUGGAAAACAAGCCCUUGCUUUGUGAAUGGCUCAGGCCUUUCGUCUGAUAAAUGAUGAAGAGCAAAUCCCUUGAUCUAACUUUAACCUCUUAUGUUUUCCCUUUUAUGAUAAAUCUAUCCGACAAAAUCAAAUUAUCUUUCCUUUCAUCUCAGGUGAUACUUAUGAAUAGAAAUUUAUCCUGGGGCUCUUCAGAUUCACUUUGGUAGGUACCAGUGUUAGCAAAGAUCCUGUGACAAAAGGUCUUACAUGUGUAGUGAUAAGUAGCUACCUGGCAGGCUGAUUACAAUCACUACAAAUUCACUGGGACAAGUGCAGACUUAUUGUUGCUGCUUGUUGGCUUCAGGUUUCAAUAAAACUAAAGUUCUUUAAAUGGAAAUUCCCUGCCACUAUUAUUUAGAAAGAAGCAACCUGACAGGUUUGUCCAUUUGCUUGCUGUGUGUGAAGCGUUUGGUUGAGAUCAGUCUGAUUAGAAAUGUAUAUUUGCUUACAAAAUACAAUGAACCUGUGAAAUGCUGUAUCAAAAGGAAAGAUUAAAUGGCAAUAAGUAAGGAGCAGCAUCCACUCACUAUUAUGCAAGUUACUUUUUGAUAUAAGAUUACACUGGUGCUGAAGUUGCUCCAGUCUACCUUGAGGCUGUUAAAACAGGAUUGUGCUCUGGAUUGAGCACAUUUUAAUGUAACAGGUUUCUUGUCCAUGGUCCAGGUACCUUUGUUUGUUCUUUUAAAUUAGAUGUUUCUUUUUCUUCCUUCCUUAAUUGAAUUUCAUUGCGCCAUUCUCCAUACCUGGUCUGCUCUGAGGCCUCCGCCAACGCUGCUUGGAAUCUGACCACUAGGAGGUGCUAAAAGAGCAACCAGAAUGCUUUUCUUGCCAACCUUCACCUCCUCAUUAAAAGAUUCCUGGGAUCUGCUCUGCACUUCCCAAUACUGAUGUAGCUGAGGUUGCGAACUCAGUGAUACAAGGCUCACUUGGAGGGUUUAAGUAAUGUGGGAAAGGGCAAGAACCAACACGUGACAUCAGAGAGUCUGACCUCUCUGAUGUCUCAUGUUGGUUCUUGCGCUUUCCCACAUUACUUCUUGAAAGUACGAUUUGGGUGUUAAUAGAUUUAAAGCAUCUUGAUGACAUAACACCCUUCUGGCUAUUCCUUUGGGUUAAGGAAAACGCAUCUUUUGCUUGAAAUUAGUUUCAAAAUGUUAUUGCACAACCAGAAUUAAGAAAAGGUUGGGAAGUAAUGAACAGUUCAAGGUUUCUUGUCUACUGAAUAUUAUUAUUAUUAUUACUAUGUUUAAACCCCAUCUUUCUUUGUGAAAUUCCACUGGUGUGUUUUUCAGAGUUUUAAAUAAAAAGUUUUGGGAAAGAAAAAGAAAUGCAAAAGAAGUGAGAAUGUGAGUUUCCGGUACUUUGCAACAUGUUUGUUUUAAACCCGUGUUUGGUUUAUUAAUUAAAAUUGGUCAUGUUUUUAA